AUGGUCACGGCGGAGGACAUGGUCACGGUGGAGGACAUGGUCACGGCGGAGGACAUGGUCACGGUGGAGGACAUGGUCACGGUGGUGGUCAUGGUCACGGUGGAGGUCAUGGUCACGGUGGGCAUGGAGGUGGUCAUGGUCAUGGCGGACAUGGAGGAGGACAUGGUCAUGGCGGAUAUGGUGGUCACGGUGGAGGACAUGGUCACGGUGGAGGACAUGGUCACGGUGGAGGACAUGGUCACGGUGGAGGACAUGGUCAUGGUGGAGGACAUGGUCAUGGCGGUGGUCACGGUGGACACGGGCACCAUGGGUAGACUAUGUUGUGAAAAAAACAGAGUUAGCAAUGUUUACAGCCUUGCCAAGAUCAUACUUUAG